AUGAAAUUCGCACAGCUCGUGAUAGGGCCCGCUGGGUGUGGCAAGUCCACCUACUGCGAGACCAUUAAAGCCCACUGCGACACCAUCGGCAGAUCUGUGCACGUCGUAAAUCUCGAUCCCGCUGCCGAGCAUUUUAACUACCCCGUGUCCAUCGAUGUGAGAGACCUCAUCACCCUAGAUGAUGUUGCAGAGGAGCUAGAUUUGGGGCCGAAUGGAGGCCUGCUGUACUGCAUGGAAUUCCUGGAGGAUAACCUCAGCGACUGGCUGGAGGAGGAGCUGCAGGGUUACGGCGAGGAUGACUACCUGCUGUUCGACUGCCCUGGCCAGAUCGAGCUGUACUCCCACGUCAGCGUCUUCAGGACCUUCACGGAGUUCCUGAAACGCGACGGCUGGAACAUCUGCGCGGUGUAUUGUAUGGACUCUCAGUUUGUAGCAGAGCCCCCCAAGUUCAUUGCCGGCUGCCUGUCGGCGCUCUCUGCCAUGGUCCAGCUGGAGCUGCCCCACGUGAACAUGCUGACUAAGGUCGACCUCGUUCAGGACAAGGAUUCACUGGAGUCCUACCUCUUCCCAGAUGCGCUGGAGCUGCGGCAUGCACUGGGCGAGAGCACUGGGCCCCGGUUCUCGGCCCUGAACGAUGUCAUCGUGAACCUGCUGGACGAGUUUGCCAUGGUCAGCUUCACCCCGCUCGACAUUGGGGAUGAGGAGUCCAUCGAGACGGCGCUCUUCCAGGUGGACUCUGCCAUCCAGUAUGGGGAGGACCAGGACGUGCGGCAGAAGGAGUACGGUGAUUUCCCCGACGAGGAGGCACCGGCGCACGAGGCCAUCGACUUCUAG